AUGAAAGAUCCAGUAGUCGAGCAGAAGAGGGAAAUAGAGAUUCUCCUUGCUCUUCGAGAUGAUUUGCACGAGUUCGAGCAACACUGUCUGGCGUUGCGUCAACGAGCAUCGAUGGAACAACAUCAAGAAGAUCUGCAGAUUUGUUCGAUACGUCGUGUCAAUGUCAAUGUUGAAUCAGAUCAUCGAGUUGAAUGUCAAUGUUCGUCACGUCAUGCCGCGUCUCUUCUUGAUGGACAUCGUUCACAGCGCGGCGUGCAGAGCAUUGAUCGACAUUUUCACGAAUUGAGAGGCUCGAUGAUUGGCAACUGGAUGCAUCGACGAAUGAAAUUGAACUCGGCUCGUUCAGUGAAGAAUGGCAUUGAAUACUUCGAACGAUCAAUCAAAUCAACGACUGAACGAAAGAAGAAAGGAAAUCACAUCGGAAUCGUUGUUCAGGAUAAAGAUCCGAGUGGAAUCAGCCCGAGUGACGUCAAAGCAUUGGAAUUGACAAAAGGGACAUUCUCUUCGAGAUUCAGAUUUGAGCAUUCAAGACAUUCGUCAACAGAUCGAGCGUCUCGUCACUUUGCCGAGAGAGAUCGUUGGACAAUUGCGAGGGGAAGAAACAAUUUCGAUUCUUUUCGAUCGACGCCAAUGAAAAGUGAUCAACAGCGAAAAACAGAUCUUCUCUUUGUUGCUCAUUUGGAUUCGACCAAACAACUUGAAGAUUGA